AUGAUCACUUCUUAUUUCCACAGAAGACGCACAACAGUGGAGACAUACAGUGUAAUCAGGCCUCUGGCCAUCAGGAGUCCGAGAUGAUCCGCUUCACCUUAAUUGUGGGAUUCAUAUUCUGUCAGGUACAAGCUUGGUCUUAUCCUCGGAUAAAGGUAAACGACACAGAUCCAGUUGGAUCAAAUGUGGUCAUUAAUAGUGGAUCUCCUUUUGUCAUGACUUGUGAGGGAGAUGCUCCAGUGACUAUUAUACCUCGGCUAGCUGCACACAAACCUUUCAGCCAGUCUAAUGGGAACAGAUCCACCUUUACUGUGAAAAAAGCUACCACCAGUUUCACAGGCACUUAUAAGUGUCAGUACACUGGCAUGGAUUCCUCCAACUACUCAUCUGUGCACAUAUUCAUAAGAGAUUCAAAGUAUCUCUUUGAAACCACAAGCUAUCGUAUUAUCAAGAAUGAAGGAGAGGAUGUCCUCAUUCCCUGCCUCCUUACUGACCCUGAAGCCACUGAUAUGAGUUUACGCAUGCAGAAUGGCUCUGCAGCACCCUCCGACAUGAAUAUAACCACUGACCCCAAGAAAGGGAUAUGGAUUUGGAACCUCCAGUCUUGGUUCAGUUCAAAAUAUGUCUGCAGUGCCAGGAUAGGAGGAGUGGAGAAAGUGUCCCUACCAAUAAAUUUAAAAGUCACCAGAAGAGCCCGUUCUCCACCCUCUGUGAUUCUGGAAAGUGAUGAGUAUAUUCGAGUGGUUGGAGAGAGUUUAGAGAUUCCCUGUUUCACCAGCAACCAUAACUUCAACUACAAAAUCACCUGGAUGCACUCAUCACAUUCGUUACCAAACUCAGUGGACCAGUCUAGAUACAAUAACAAUAAAGUGCACAUCAAGAGUACGCUGACUCUGCCUGCAGUUAGCAUGCGUGACUCAGGUAACAUCACCUGUAUCGCAGCAAAUGAGGCUGGAGUCAACAGCUCCACCACACGUCUACUGGUUGUGGAUAAACCAUACCUUAAAAUGUCCCCCAAGCUGCCCGCCCAUAUAGCGCAUGAGGGUUUGUCUAUUGAUCUCCACAACGGGCAGGAUUUAGAGUUAGAAGUGUCAAUAGAGGCUUACCCACAAAUCACACACCAGCAGUGGACGGGACCAAAGUUUCCCAACAACUCAAACCAUAAAGUCUGGUUCUCCAGCAAUAAUAACAGGUACGAGGCAGUGCUGCUUCUGAAUAGAGUGAACUCUAAGGAAGAGGGUAGAUACACCUUCUAUGCCACCAGCCACAAGGUUAAUGCCUCCACAACAUUUAGCAUUCAUGUUUAUGAGGAAGCAGUUAUUGUGAGUAAAAGAAGGAAUGAGAGCUCCUUAAUAUGCACAGCAUCUGGUUACCCAGCUCCAAGCAUCCACUGGCUCCAGUGUCAAGGAACCAGGCCAACAUGUACAGACAAUUCCACAGAUGUGGAAGCUCGCCAGUUGAUGACACCUGAGACAGUGGUGGUGCAGAAUGAAGAGUUUGGACCAGUAAAGGUGGAAAGUAUUCUAACCAUCACCCCAUCCAAUCAUAAGAUGACUAUAGAGUGUGUGGCACAAAAUCUGGUUGGAAAAGACAGCGAUGCAUUCCCUAUAGACCCAAUUGAGAAACUGUUUACUGCAACAUUGAUUGGAGCCAUAAGUGUGAUGAUGUUCCUCCUUCUACUCCUCCUCAUCCUCAUGUACAAGUACAAACAGAAACCCAAGUAUGAGAUCCGGUGGAAGAUUAUUGAAGCCACAGACGGGAACAGUUACACAUUUAUCGAUCCCACUCAACUUCCUUAUAAUGAAAAAUGGGAAUUUCCAAGAGACAAGCUGAAAUUAGGGAAGAUUCUGGGCUCAGGGGCAUUUGGGAAAGUGGUAGAGGCUACAGCGUUUGGUCUGGGGAAGGAGGAUAACGUGACCCGUGUGGCUGUGAAAAUGCUCAAAGCCAGCGCACAUCUUGAUGAGAAGGAGGCUCUCAUGUCCGAACUGAAGAUUCUGAGUCAUCUUGGACAACACAAGAAUAUUGUCAACUUGCUGGGAGCCUGCACACAUGGAGGUCCUGUGCUGGUCAUCACUGAGUACUGCUGCCAUGGUGAUCUUCUGAACUUCCUGCGUAAUAAAGCGCAGGCCUUCAUAAACUGUGUGAUUACAAUCCCAGAGGACAGAAGCAACUAUAAAAAUGUCAUGGCCAACAAGAUGUUUUUUAGAAGUGACAGUGGGAUUUCCAGCACUUGUUCAGAUGCUUACCUGGACAUGAAGCCUCUGGUGACCAGAUCUCAGAUUUCACGCAUUUCUUCCUGCAAUCAAGAUGGAGAUUUCUUGGAUAUGGAUGACCUGCUCAUAUUCUCCUACCAGGUGGCUCAGGGACUCGAGUUCCUCACAUCUAAAAAUUGUAUUCACAGAGACGUCGCAGCCAGGAAUGUUCUUCUGACAGAUGGGCAUGUGGCAAAAAUCUGUGACUUUGGACUGGCCCGUGAUAUCAUGAAUGAUUCCAACUAUGUGGUCAAAGGAAACGCUCGUUUGCCAGUGAAGUGGAUGGCUCCUGAGAGUAUCUUCGAGUGUGUGUAUACAGUACAGAGCGAUGUUUGGUCCUACGGUAUUCUUCUGUGGGAGAUCUUCUCUCUGGGUCAAAGCCCAUAUCCAACCAUGCAGGUGGACUCCAAGUUCUAUAAGAUGAUAAAGUGUGGCUAUCAGAUGUCACGUCCUAACUUCGCCCCACCUGAGAUGUACACCAUCAUGAAAACGUGCUGGAACCUUGAACCCACCGAGCGGCCGAAUUUCAGCAAGAUCGUUCAGCUCAUCGAGAGGUUGCUGGGAGAAACACUGGAUCAGACUGAGUAUCAGAACGUGGUGACAGAAGAACUGGACACAGAGCAGCUGAAGGCCUGCGAUACCACCAAAAAUGAUGAAGAAUCAUGUGAGCAGGAGGAAGAUGAGCAGCCUCUGAUGAAGGCUAACAAUUAUCAGUUCUUCUAAGAUCUGAACUAUGCUCUCUGAAAACAAUGGCAGGAUAUAAAUCCUUUCCCAAAUCCAGCGUAAGGGUCAAAUUCUUCAGUAGCAUCUUUUGGAUUUAAAGUAAUGCCCCAGGCUUUUAAGAGAGAGAGAGAAAGAGAGACACUGUCCGAGUUGUUUCUUUGGUUAAAUAGCAGUUCCCUAUUUGAACGGAUGGAAAAAAGGCCAAUUCAGCAUUUCCAACCUUGCAGGCUUGCAAAGUUCACUUCCACAUUUGUCGCUAGUCUGUUCUUUUGAAAA